UCAACACCAUUUCAAGACCUGAAUCCUAGCAGCUUAGAGAAAGAAGAAAGAUGGCUCGCCCCCACCCCUUCCAAAGCAAGCGCCUCCACUACCACGCGAUCGAAGACUACGACGUUUUUCUACACUCCAUCCAAUCCGACGCACGCGCUUAUGCAAACUCCUCCGCCAGCCUCCACGUCCCGGAGAGCAUGGCCGCUACGAAGCGGUGGAAGAAGCACCUGCUGGAUGAGUGCAUGCUCGGCGUCAUCAUUUGUCUUGCGCCCUCGCCAGGAUCCUCAUCAACACCUCCCAUCGGCGUCAUCUCCCUCGAGGCCUCGCCUCUCCACGUCGUCCACCACCGCAAUAGCAUGAUCAGCGUCGACAUCGUCGCGGCGCACCAGGGCAAAGGCUACGGCAGCGAGGCGAUUCGGUGGGCGCUGAAGUGGGGGUUCCAGACGGCGGGGUUGCAUCGGAUUGGGAUUGGGGCGUUUGGGUUUAACGAGGGGGCAGUGCGGUUGUAUGCGCGACUAGGGUUCAAGGAGGAGGGGAGGCGAAGGGAGUGUUUGUGGUAUGAGGGGGAGUGGUGGGAUGAGGUGGAGUUUGGGAUGCUGGAGGGGGAGUGGCGGGAGAUGGUGAAGGGGGAGUGA